AGAAAAAGGAUAGUGAAGACAUCAUCAGAAGACACUUUUGAAGGAUACAAAUAAAUCCCCAAAUCAGUACUAAUAUAACAGCAAACAGGUGAAAUCUUAACCUGUGGUUCUUCAAGUCCUCUGCUGGAUUAUGCAUUCUCUGAAGAACUUCUUUUGUUUGAAGAAAACUAGACAUCUGCUUGAGGCCCAUGAUACUCUUGCUUCUGAGACUUGUUUUACUGUGAAUGAUGUGGAGGCCUUAUAUAUUCUAUACAAGAAACUAAGCAGCUCCAUAAUUGAUGAUGGUCUUAUUCACAAGGAAGAGUUUCUCCAAGCUCUUUUCAGCUGCAGCCAUAGGCAAAAUCUCUUUGCAGACAGAUUGUUUGACUUAUUUGAUGUUAAGCGUAAUGGAAUUAUUGAAUUUGGAGAAUUUGUUCGAUCGUUAAGCAUAUUCCAUCCAAAGGCUCCAGAAGAAGAUAAAAUCACCUUUGCAUUUAAAGUGUACGACUUGAAGAACACUGGAUACAUAGAACGCGAUGAGCUGAAGGAUAUGGUAUUAGCUAUUCUCCAAGAAUCAAAAUUGACACUUCCAAAUGAUUCCAUUGAAGCAAUAGUCCACAAGACUAUUCAAGAGGCAGAUCUAAAUGGCGAUGGACGGAUUGAUCCAAAGGAGUGGAAGGAAUUAGUUACAAGAUAUCCUUCUUUGAUAAAGAAUAUGACCCUCCCAUACUUAGAGGAAGUAACUAUAUUAUUUCCAUGCUUUGUGAUGACAAGUAAAGUUCGGGACUCAGAAUUGGUAUUUGGAAACUGAUCGUUCAAUCAAUUAUGGACUGAUCUUCAAGAACUUGAAGACUGUCUACUUUUUUUCUUCUUUGUUCUUGUUAUAUGGUUGUUAGUCUGUGCUAAGAUAACUUUAGUUCAACACUGGUUGUGUUUGGUCAAACCUCAAACAGUGGCAUUGAUUGUAGAUGUACUGGCUUCUUUUGUACAAGAAAAUUUCAUCUUACCGUUUGUGAACGUUAAGUGUUAGUAUAGUAUAUUUUA